AUGGAUGUUGAUCCUGUGGAUACAUCUGAGAGAGAUGGACCACUGUCUUUCCAAUUGCAAAACAAAGAGAAGGUUGAGGAUUCCUUGGAGGGGAAAGCGGAAGUUAAUGAAAUUGUACAAGGCAAUGGGGGCAUUGCACUUCCAAUUGAGGAGGGGCUUGCGAAUAUAUCAGAAAGCAGGGACCCCUCUCAGGUUGCGGCAGUUACUUUGGAAGAUGUAUUAGAGGAAAAUAACUCUUCAUCCUUGCCAACAGAGGAUGAGGAGAAGGUUGGAAUCUCAUCGGAGAGAAAUGAGGAACAGUAUGAUGCUGAGUUUGGUGAUGGGAUGGAUGCCUCUCUGGCUGUUGGGGCCGGGCUUGGAAUGGUGCCAAGUGUAGAUGAAUUUCAGUCUGCUAGUAUCAUACCUGAAGAUGUUUCCACUAUUGAUCAGUCCCCUCUCCAAGUGAAGAAUGAAGAAAAAGUCGAGGAACCUGCUGAGGUGAGACUGGAUACCGAAGCUGGUGAUGGGAAGGAUUCUUCUCCGAUGGGUAGGGCUGUACUUGAAGAGGAGCCUAGUGUGGAUGAAUCUCAGUCUGCUAAUAUUGAACCUGAAGAUAUUUCCACAAUUGAUCAGUCCUCUCUCCUAGAGAAGAAUCAAGAGAAAGUUGAGGACCCUGCUGAGGUGAGGCUAGAUACUGAAGUUGGUGAUGGGAAUGAUGUUUCUCCAGUUGGUGGGGCUGUGCUUGAAGAGGUGCCAAGCGUGGAUGAAUCUCAGUCUGUUAGUAUUGAACCUGAAGAUGUAUCCACAAUUGAUCAGUCCUCUCUCCUAGGAAAGAAUCGAGAGAAAGUUGAGGACCCUGCCGAGGAGAGACUAUGUACUGAUGUUGGUGAUGGGAACAAUACUUCUCCAGUUGGUGGGGCUGUGCUUGAAGAGGUGCCAAUUGUGGAUGAAUCUCAGUCUGCUUGUAUUGAACCUGAAGAUGUUUCUGCAAUUGAUCAGUCCUCUCUCCUAGGAAAGAAUCAAGAGAAAGUUGAAGACCCUGCCGAGGAGAGACUAUGUACUGAGGUUGGUGAUGGGAAUGAUACUUCUCCAGUUGGUGGGGCUGUGCUUGAAGAGGCGCCAAUUGUGGAUGAAUCUCAGUCUGCUUGUAUUGAACCUGAAGAUGUUUCUGCAAUUGAUCAGUCCCCUUUCCUAGGGAAGAAUCAAGAGAAAGUUGAGGACCCUGCCGAGGUGAGACUAGGUACUGAAGUUGGUGAUGGGAAUGAUGCUUCUCUGGUUGGUGGGGCUAUGCUUGAAGAGGUGCCAAGUGUGGAUGAAUCUCAGUCUGCUAGUGUUGAACCUAAAGGUGUUUCCACAAUUGAUCAGCCCCCUCUCCUGGGGAAGAGUGAAGAGAAAGUUGAGGACCCUGCUGAGAUGAAACUAGAUACUGAAGUUGGUGAUGGGAAGGAUCCUGCUGAGGUGAAACUAGAUACUGAAGUUGGUGAUGGGAAGGAUGCGGCUUGUGGGACUGUGCUUGAAGAGGUGCCCCGUGUGGAUGAAUUUCAGUCUGCUAGUCUUGUACCAGAAAAUGUUUCCACAAUCGAUCAGUCUGAGGAGAAUGAAGAUAAUGUUGAGGACCCUUCUGAGGUGAGAAUGGAAAUGUGUGAAACUGAUGAUGGAAGGGGUUCUUCUCAGCUUACUGGGGUUGUGCAGGAAAAUGUUCAGACUGGAGGUCAGUCACAGGUUGCUGCAUCGUUGCUGGAACCCGAGAAUGCAUCUUUCCAGGUGGAUGGCGAAGAAAAGGUGGAGGAUUUGUCUUUGGAGAAGAUGGAAAUUCUUGAAGAUAAAGUUGGUGAUGGAAUUGAUGUCGGUGGGACUGCUCCUAAAAUUGCAUCAGAAAGGUUGGAUCAUUUUCAGGAUGUUGGAACUUUGCCUGACGACUCAUCAGAAAAGAACCCACCUCCAUCUUCUGCUAAUGAAGACGAUGAGUCGGCUGCUGAUGGAACUGUGCCUGUGCCUGAAGACUUGUCAGAAAAUAACCCACCUCCAUCUUCUACCUGUGCAAACGGUGAGUCGGCUGCUGAUAAGGCUGUACCUAGGCCUGGAGACUCGUCAGAAGAGAACCCACCUCCAUACUCUGCUGAUGCAAACGAGUCACUUGCCGAUCGAACUGUGCCUGUGCCCGACAACUCGUCUGAAAAGAACCCACCUGCAUCUUCUGCCGAUGCAAAUGACGAGAUGCUUGCUGAUGGAACUGUGCCUGUGCCUGAUGACUCGUCAGAAAAGAACCCACCUCCACCUUCUGCUGAUGCAAACGAUGAGUUGGGAGAGAAAGCCACCGAAGAAAUUCCAGUUUCUGACAACACAGAAGAAAGUAAGGAGUGA